AUGAGUGCGCAUAAUUACUUCGAGCUGACGAGGAUCAUGCCUUCCGACGAAGUCGAACUUCGUCGUGAAUAUGCCUCGUCUAUUUAUGAUGCGAUGAAGUUUUAUGAACCAACCUUCCAUAUGACUUUAGUCCAUUUGGCUAGUAUUAUGAUAACCCCUCUGGACAAACUUGAGCAGAUCCGCAGCACGUCACUUAUGUUUACGUUUAUGGGUUGUCUGCCGCCUUUGCUCAAACGCUACCUUAUCGAGAACCCCGUCAUCCCCAAGUCAUACAUGACAGUUGAUCCGAAACACUCGAUACCGGGCGACAGCGAGCAUCAGAGGAACCUGUGCCGAAAACGCGACAACUACAAGUGCGUGUUCCUACCCAAUACACCGAACGAUGUGAAAGUGGCACAUAUCGUUCCACCGACCUGGGUUGACACUCAGGAAACCAUGGAAACUAUAAUAAAGACCAUGGAUGAUGCUUGUUUUUUGACGGGUUUUCAUGACAUUGACAAGUACCUAAGCCUUUUCGUCGACGAAUACAAGCGAGGGACUUCGGAUAAGUGUUGGAAUAUGAUCAGUCUUGACCAGACAUUAUACUGGUAUUUCAAGAACAGAUACAUGGGACUCAAGUGUCUUGGUAUUGAGUAUACCGAAGAUGAUGCAAAGGCUACUGUCAUCAUCCAACUGACUCAUAUAUACCGCACCACGAACUAUCCCAUGGAGAAUGCCACCAUUGAGGGAGACGGAAACCACUUUGACGAUAUUGUCAUGGGAAUACGAAAGUUUGAACAUCAAUGCAAUCUCCCCUACAUCGAAGGUCAACAAUGUAUGCCACCAACGACGAUAUCCGUGUUAUCUGGCAUGUGUACCCGUAUCGAGAUGUCAAACGAUGACGCUAAGAAGUGCAAGUUCAUGCUAGAUAUUUCCUGGAGGCUGAGUAUGAUUGCUGGCAUAUGCGGUGCAGCGGCGUAUUCACGAUAUCUGCCUGAUCAUGAUUCUUGGUCACUUAUCGUGCGAGACCUUUCAAUCAAUGCUUGGGUGGAGGAUCAAGCACGAUUGCAUUCAGAAUCACAAGACUCUAACGAGAUGUUGGAGUUGGAUCGGGGUUGUCAGCAUGAUGGAAAUGAUAUGGAACGAAAACGGAAGGUCAACUUGAUAAAUUAG